AUGGGCCUCUCAGACGGUUGGCAAUCGGUGAUCCGCCUCGACGAACGAUCGUACCAGUGGUCUCAGGAUCCUGUUGCUCGUCUAAGCGCUGAUUUUCGUCAAUUCUGCUCCGAAAUUUCAGCGAGUCCGUGUCUCGUCUUCCGCGCUGACGAUUGCCCUGACUUUGCCGACUCCAGCCUCUGUGAGCUCUUCUCACAUUGGCUAACAAUUGACGAUGUCACUUCCGUGUCUUUCUGCAGGACCGUCUUCCUGCUAGAUCCGUCUCUCGAAUCUGGAACGGUCGAAAACAUGUCCAAAGAUUCCUUUCCCGGUCUCAGAGAUCUAGGCACGAUAAACGUCAUCCGAAUGGCCACCAAUGGCUUACAGGGACUGCGCUCAGGGCCAUACUUUUAUCAAGAAGCCAGCUUCCAUCACGUGUAUCGAGUGUUUCCCGAUUCUCAAUCUGCCUUCUUCUCGGCCAUCACGCAGAACCCUAUAAGCGGUCAAUUUAUAGAGCAUCGCCCAACCGACCAUGUGGCCGUGCCGUCUCGCCUAUACUCUCCACCGCAGACCCCCAAACUCCCCUUGUCUGGCCUUCGAUUUGCGUCAAAAGAUGUAUUUGAUGUUGCCGGACUCAAGACUAGCGCGGGCUCCAGGUCUUUCUUCGAGCUGUCUGAUCCCAAACCCAAAUCGGCAUUCAUCGUCCAGAAGCUCACUGCUUUGGGCGCAGUCCUGGUUGGCAAGGCCAAAAAUACACAGUUCGCCAACGGUGAAGAUCCACAGGAAUGGAUCGACUACCGCUGCCCUUGGAACCCGCGUGGUGACGGCUAUCAAAACCCCGAUACGAGCAGUAGCGGGAGCGCGACGGCGGUUUCCUCAUAUCCAUGGCUAGACUUUGCCAUUGGAUCCGACACUUGUGGCAGCAUCGCGUGCCCGGCGGCUGCACAGGGUAUCUUUGGCUUAAGGUUAUCUACUGGCGCGCUCCCUCAUGAAGGAGUCUUCACCAUCAGCAAAUAUUUAGAUACGUCAGGCAUCUUCACUCGAAGCAUCGAUAUUCUGCAUCUCGUCACCUCCAAGCUACUUGAGGGCACAUCUGAACCUGGAAGAAGCCUUCCUCUAUCCGAAACAAUUCCUUCACGGAUAGUAUACCCCGAAUCGUCAUUUCCGCACGACAAUGACGAAACCAUUGAUUCCGUUGAUCGAUUUAUCAAGGCUCUCGAGAGCUUCUGCGGCACAGAGCGAACGACAUUGGAUAUAGAUGAGAAAUGGAUAAAGAUGGAUCCCCACGGCCAUAAGCUAUCGAUCUAUAGCGAAUUAAAGACGACCACAGCUCAUCUACACCUGGCUGGAUUUUACGACGCCAUCGCACCCUUUCAGGAAGCAUACCGAAGCACAUACCAGAAGAACCCUUACCUGGAUAGAGUCAAUAUCGAAAAACUGAAACUUGCCCGGUUGGUCACGAUAGAGGAUCGCGAAAAAAUGGUACAACAAAAAGCAUUCUUUGCCAACUUCGCCCGCAAGCAGAUUCUACAGGGUGGUGACGGUAGCGGCGCCACUGGCUCCCUUGGAGGAAUCAUGGUCUGGCCUUUUAACCCCCAGGAGCCACAAUAUCGCGACAAUUACCCAUCUCUUACGCCCCAUGUAAAUUGGCGCUGGGAUGUGGACUACACUGCCCCUCUUGCCGGGUUGCCCCAAGUCAUUGUGCCUAUUGGCCAAUUCCAGUAUGAUUCUCGCAUCACAGGAGAGCCGGAUUUUCUCCCGAUCGCUGCCUCAAUCGUGGGACCUCCAGGGAGCGAUAUUGCAUUGCUAGACUUUAUUUCAAAGUUUCUCCAAAGGACACGAGGCCUGUUAUCCGUGAAGCCUGGGCGCUAUAUUGUGUAGGUAUCGAUAGAAUGGAAGUGAGUAGUCAUGCUUCAUGAACAAGAGUGCCCAAUUAGAUACAAUGAAGUACGUACUUUAACAAGGAAGACGGAAAAU